AUGGCUCGUAUGGCAAUCGGAAUAAGGCAUAACUAUUCCAUGUCGCCUUCAAGAUACCAGCUGCUUCGGCGGGUACCUGCUUCUGUCAGGUUGCUCCGGGCUCCAGCUAGGUCUUAUUCGUCUGCUCAGAGCCAGAGUGCCUUUCAAGAACCUCCUCCUCCGACAUAUAGAAAACGGUCUCUGUUUGGUCGUAUACUUGGUUUCUCGGCCAUAGCCAUCAGCUCUUUCUUUCUCGGCAUAAUAACCAACCCGGACGUUUUCAAAAUGCAUUCCUCCAUCGUCUCUAUACCGUCUGAUGAGGAGACCAACUCCCUCUACACGCCGCCGGACGAGGUGUCCAAGGAGAUCAAUGACUUCAUCAACACACAUCCCCUAUCUGUUUCUCUAAGAGCAGACCCCAGAUACACCGAAUCUCGACCACACAUGAAAUACCCUGCUGAACUGCGCUCGCACAGCUUAACGGGUGGCACUCUCUCAGGACCCGGCCGCAUUGUCGUACCGCCAUUCGCAUGGAACACGGAGGACGGCAGCUCAUUCGUCUCGAUAUUCUACCUUGGCUCCGACCUCAGUGGCCACCCCGGUAUAGUCCACGGUGGACUGUUGGCUACUUUACUUGACGAGGGGCUGGCAAGAACGUGUUUCUCCGUUUUGCCGAACAAGGUUGGUGUUACGGCCAAUUUGAAUAUUGACUACCGUAGUCCUGCACCGGCAGGCUCGUUCUUCGUCAUGCGAGCGAAGACAACCAAGGUCGAUGGGCGCAAGGCGUGGGUUGAGGGCUGGAUUGAGAGUCUGCCUGAUGAUGGCUCUGAGCCUACAAAGUAUGUUGAGGCAAAGGCCUUGUUCAUAGAGCCGAAAAAUGCUGCGCUCAUCCCCCGCCUUUACAAGGUUACCUGA